GGGUGUUUACGGGUUAUUGAAGCAUCAUAGGAGCCUAUCGUUCAUGUGUCAGUUUGCAAUCACUGACCCAAAUUCUAAGCAUCUCAAAACCGAGUCAGUCAUUGCUUUGGUUGAGCCUCUACACAGAAUUCCAAUCCACCCAAUUUCAUCUGCUCGACCGCGCGCAAUAAUCUUCGCAGAAAGCCACUCCGUUUUCUGGGGCACAAGCAGCCACCACACAAUGUCCUGCUAUCGAUCGAUAUGUUCCGCUCGGUUGAACGUGCCUCCGAUGCAACCGACACCAUUCGCAAAUCAGCAUCAAUUAAGCUUGACCACCUGGGCCGGGCUGCCGGUCGGUGGCUUUCUGCAUCAGUUCGAGACCCGAUUGAACAGUUCCUGGCGGUCUGCUCAGUUCAUCAAGUGGUACGCCGUGCUGAUCAACGUUGUGGAAGCGUGCUUUGCGAUACACGAGCUAACGGAGCGGAAGCGCAUCGGUAGCGCUGCUAGAGGCGGAAAUGGAGCGGCCAUGGGAGCCGGCGGCCGGUUCCGGAACAUUAGCAGGAAUAUGCAUUUUAUGAUGGAGAUGAUCAUGGUGCAGACCAAUGGAUUGGCCAUUUACGGAUUGCUGAAGCCCAACACCAUGCUCCUGCUGCCCUACAUUGUGCUCCACGUCGUCACGCUGCUACUGGAGUUGAACUAUUUCAUAACUCGGACCGCCCUCGGUUGGACCUGGAACGGGCAACCAAGUACGGCACACUCAACGUCAUCAUCAUCAUCACAAUCCUGGAAGCCAAAAUGCGGAACGACGUCCCUGUCGAUGCUGGUUUUUGUCGCAUUUAAUUUGCUGAUAAUGAUCGGAGCAAAAUUUGCCACCACCAUGCGCCCGGACUCGUAGUGUCCCGCGGGUCGUCCUGUCCUGUCGCGCCUGUUUUAUAGAGGUACGUGACCGGGAAGCCAGGAUGGCACUUUUGCCUAUCUUACUUGUGCCAGCGGAACUCAUCCACUUUUGGCAUCGCUAAAUGGACACCCGUGCAGCAAAAUGAAUGAGCCGGAGAGUGUUAUAGUGUGGCUUCUGACAGAUUCGGCCU